AUGGAACCCCAACCGCCGGUCAGUUUUCUUGAAAUUCGCUUUCAAAACUGUCCGAAAACUUUAUGGUAAAAAAUAUAUUUUCAAAUAAUCAAACUUAGUAAUUUUUUUAAAUAGUAAGGCAUUUGUGAAUCUCUAAAAUAACUUCUUCAAAUUUUGAUCACGAUUGGAAGAGUUCAAAAUUGUUGAUACUGGAGAAUUCCCUCGAUAAACUCUUUCUCUUGAAUUCUAGAUCCAAGUGAACUCGUUAGAGUUCACGCUGAUCUGUCAAUAAAUUAUUAUUAUGGGGGAAAAAGGAUUUUUUAGUGAUGUUUGAGAACAUUAACAAGAAAAAAAUAACAAUAAAAUUUUUCAAAGUGUGCAAAAAAACUGAGUUUUUUUGUUUGAGUUUGAAUCAGUCCCAUCGGUCCACUUGAUUUUUGAUUUCAUUGAAAAAAACUGCGAGAAUUUGGAUCUUCAUACCCUAAAAAAACUAAUUAUCUCUAGUUUCUAAUGUAUAACAAAGAAAAAUUUUUGAAAUUUAAAUAUUUUUGACUGGAAACUUGUUUCUAAUUUAUGGUAGAACUUAAAUGAAAAAAACAUAAAUUUUUUUCCCUAUUUUUUUCUGAAAAAAAGCUUGAAUUGAAAUUAGAGUUUGAGCUACUUGAUUCGACCUUACAACCGGCGUUCUUCUCAGCAGUUUUAUUAUGAAAAAAAAAAAACAAAAAGUCAAUUAACAGAUCCACAUCAAAAAAACUUUAGGAAAUUGGUUUUUUUACACUUUUUUUCCCAAUUUUUGCAAUUUCUGUUCAACUAGUAGAAGAAGAGAGAAAUUUCUUUGACAUUUCUCAUGAGAAAUAAGAUUUUAUUCUCAAUAUCAACUGUUCUGUUUUCUUUAUGAACAGCCUUACAAUGAAAUUAAAUACGUAUAGAAGACUAAAAUGAUAGGAGUAACUUUGUGAUUUUUUGUGUCAUAUUUUUCUGAAAAAGCUCUAGUUGUUACUUAGCCGUUGUCUGAGGGAGAUUGACGACCGUAGGUUGACUCCGCCCACCGGAAGAGAAGCGCCAAUCGGCGACGCCAAAACGAAGCGUUAAUCUCAUCGCGCAAGGCGUUCCCGAGCACUCUUUUCCUUUCAACAAGCGUGUUCAAACAGGAAAUAGUUCAAAACCGACAUUUCUCUUUUGAUCCUGUAUGAAGAAAAGUCAAAACGCUCCGAAAAUGCAGUACUUAAUCAAAUAUCACUAAGCAAUAAUCACUCAGGAAAAUCCGCAAAUGAAACUUCUCUUUGAGGAAACUUUCCAAACAAGAGGUUAUAGUCUAUAUAACUUAUAGAAAAGAAAACCACCAAAAUUAAAGAAAACAAUGAAGAAAAGCUCCAAAAUGAUCUCAACUUUUAUAAAAAUUUUUCUUUGCAUCAUAUAUUUCGGUAUCAUUGCGGUCAAGGAGUGUCUAUUACUUCGCUAAAAAAGAAAAAAAUUCAGGUUGAUUUUGGCAAGCUAUACCUUACUAAUUUAUCGACGUUCCUUGGUCUUCAAUCUAUCAUUUGUAUCAUAAGAAUACUGUAAAUACUGAACUCAUAUACAGACAAGAUUCGCAGUUUCAGAAAGACACACUGCCUUCUCCAAGCGACGAUGAAGAAGAAGAAGCGGAGGAGACGGCCCAGCGGAAGACGAUGAGCCACAAGUUUUCCGUGUCGAACAUCUUGUCGCCGUUGGAAGGACUCGGUGAGUGGAUGGGGUGCGGCGAUAUUGAAUGGGUCGCCGAGCAUCUUGAAGCGCCAAGAAGUGGCCGAUGAGUGGCGCAAUCUUUUUGGCCAAGGGCUCUUCGGAGCCGCCUCCCACAGACGACAGCCGCUUCAGAACCAUUUUCGGCUUGCAGCUCGAGUUCAACAACAGCUCCUGAAAAUGGCCUCCUCGAACGCCUCGUCACUCGAGUCGGCGAUGGCGUUUGGUUACGCCGCGCCCUCGCGACUUCCCACAUCCUACUUUUCCGCCACUUUCUCCGGAUACCAGCGAGACUUCUCCGCGUAGUUAAUUGACAGCGAGAAAGGUUCAUAACUUACCAAGUUCAGCUAUGUAGCGAAUGGGACUCCGGGCGCCUGGUACAAUGGAGCAGAUCCACGAUUUGCAGCACGUUCGUUCUUUCCCGUUAAUGAUUGGCUGAUCGAGCCCUCAUCGCGAGUCUCUGAAAUAGUUUUGUGGCAUUUGAAACCGACUCGCGCCUUUUUUGACUGUUUCUUUUCAAUUUGAAACUACCAUUUCAAUUGACUUGUUGUAUGAACUAGGGUCUUGAAAAAAGCUGUGGCUCAAAAAUGAAAGAUAAAAAGGAAGAAAAUCAGAAUAGAUCGUUUUUGUAGUCAAUAAAGUACGGGUUUCCUGAGAUUGAAGACAGCUACUUCAGCCGAUUUGAGUCCGUUAAAUGUUCACCUUUUUCAGUACUGCCAUGCACAUUAGACCCGGCUAGAGCGGCGGUACAUGGCAUCCAGUUGCCAAUGGGACAGAGAAGAAAAAGACGAGUUCUUUUCAGCCAGGCUCAGGUAUCGAUCGAUACACCGACUAAAGAAAAAGUUCUAACAGGUCUACGAACUAGAGAGGCGAUUCAAACAAGCGAAAUACCUAACAGCUCCGGAGCGAGAACAGCUGGCCAACUCCAUUCAUCUCACUCCGACACAGGUUCUCUUCAUAUUUUAUUGAUAGAGCUCGAUGAGUUUGAAGUUCAAUUUUUAUAUGAAACGAGAAAGAACCGUGACCUAUGUUACAAAGCUUUUUUCCAACAAAUAAACAACUAUCAAUAAAUCUUGACAGUGAUUCCUCACGACUUCCUAAUAUCCAAGCCAUACAUAACUGAAAGCACCUCGGCUCUUAAGUUCAAACCGUAGACAGCAAGGCGGAAGAAAAUUUAUUGAAUCGUUUCUUAACAAACUUUUUUCUUUCAGUAGAAAUUUUAGGCUCCCAUGGAAAAAAAAACUUGUCAGUUGAAAAUGUUACAGGUGAAAAUCUGGUUCCAAAACCACCGGUACAAGUGCAAGCGACAAGAAAAAGAGAAGGCGAUGAGUGGACUUGGCAGAAGCAACGACUCUCCUUGCAGCACGCCGAGUGCCCACGAGGACGAAGAAGACGAGUAGGUAGACUGAGUCCCGUGGAGCGCAACUGAACGAGUUCCAGGAAGUGUUCGAUCGACGUCACCAAGGACUCCUGCGAGACGCCCAACGCCAGCACUUCUUCCGACAGUCUUCCCGAGAUCAAACGCGGCGUCUUCACGGUAAAUAUCUUCCUCGCCUUACCUCAGGCAUUUCAUUACACAUAAAGCUGUGCUCUGGGCAGCCGGGCUGGCCAUAGUGUUGCAACGCGGUCGCGAAGCGGUCGAAAAUUUGCCACUUUUCGAACAUUUUUGUCUCGAAACUUUCACAGAGUGUGUAAAUGGGGAAGUGAGUGAUCGAAAAAAGUAAAAAAAAAUGUGUUAUUUGGGAAAGUUAUGUGAUGUAAAUUAUGAAAUGAGAUAAAAAAAAGUUCGCGAAAGCGACAUUUGUGGGCCGAUUCGGCCAUCAACCUCGGCCUAACGCACAGCUCUGAUCAAAGAUGAAUCGAGAAGUCGAUACAAGUAGCUACCGGGUAGCAACUUUUGAAAAAUUCAAUCGGCGUGUGGUAAUCGGUGGUCGUUUGUAUGCGACCGGGUACUAUCUCUAUUGUACCCGGGUCGGAGGUCGAUGCAAGUAGCUACCGGGUAGCUACCUGACAUUCGCGAUUUCUUUCGGAAAGUCUGAAAUUGCUUCCCGGGUCGUUAUUUUUUGUUUCAGCUUUAUCCAAUAAGACCCUAGAAGGCUUGGGAAGGUGUAAAAAAACACUGAUGCUAUAUAAACGACCGAUGUGCCAGCCAGUGGAAAUCGCGAAUUUCAGGUACAUACCCGGUAGCAUCCAGAUACCAAUCAGGUACUAUCCAGGUACCAUAGAGAUAGUACCCGGUCGCAAACAAAUGACCACCGAUUACGAUUCGCCGAUUCACUUGAGUUGCUACCCAGUAAAUACUUGUAUCUACCUCUCGAUUCACCAGUGAUUACACCACAGAAAUUUCUAAUCCCAAAUUUUUAUUAUUAUUUUCUAUAAGCUAUUUGAAGAUAUUCCGUGUCUGAGUCGCAAUUCUGAUUAAAUCGAAAUUUUCACUCAACUCGAGGUCAAACAUGCCUCGAUGAUUUUUAUAGGCGGUUAACCCUACUCCCGAGUUUUUUUUUUAAAUAUAAGCCAGUAGUACCUUCUGAGGCUAAAACUUCAUUUUAUUUUGAUCAACACAACUUCCCAGAGGUUGAAACUCAUUUCAAUCCCUUUUUUCGAAGUUCUUAAGUUAACCGCUUCUCCUGGACUAAUUGAGUUCAGUACAUAGCCACGUGGAGUUCAGUACAUAGCCACGGUCUUUUUCGACGAAUUUCUAUUGAUAGCUCUUUUAUUUUCAUUUUUCAGGUGCCCUAUACGUCUCAAGGGGCGUUUCCUUUUCCCUUCACUGGUGCUGCCAACUCCAACAAUUCCUACUAUGCUCACAUGCGCUGGUAG